AGUCGGUAACAGAUGGAGGCCAUCCCUGCCCAACAACGGGCUCACGGUCCCCUCCGCAGCGCCCGCGCCUUCGCCCACCCCGGCGGGCACCGACCAAGGGGACUUGAAGGUGAUCCGGCGAGCGCUCCGGCCUGCGAGCAGAAGGGAGGGACGGUCAGCAGGCUCCGGCUCCUCGGCCCCGACUCUAUCCCACCCUCCCGACCCCCAGAACUUUUUGCCCGAGCACCGGGCGAGGCCGCCCCCUCCCCAAAAAAAACUUCUCCAAGAAGCCCGGGCCCUCCUUCCCUUUCACUCUUCCAGACCCCCGGGGGAAAAUAGAGAAAAAAUAUCCUUAACUAGUACAGGAAAGGACCAGAUGUGAUCACGUGCCGGAGGGGGAUGGGAUGGAGCUGGGGGAGACCUGUCGAUCCAGGUGCUCUAGCCCGCGGGUGCGAGUGUGACUGAAUGUGAUCGACGAUGCUCAUCCUCAGGCUGCUCAACGUGGUGGCUCCAGCCUACUUCGUGAGCAUCUCCCUGGUCACCUUCGUCCUGCAGCUCUUCCUCUUCCUGCCCAGCAUGUUGGAGGACCCUUCGGCCACCCCACUUUUCUCCCCGGCUCUUCUGCACGGGGGCCUCUUCCUCUUCCUCUCCGCCAACGCCCUGGGCAACUACAUCCUGGUGAUCCGGACCUCGCCCGAAGACCCGGGCACCUGCGGGAACGUGGCGGCCGGUGGGGCCGGACCGGGGGCGGGGAGGGCAGAGGGGGCCAGGAAGCCUGGCGCCCACUUCUGCAGACUCUGCUCUCGAGCGACCCUGAGGCACGACCAUCAUUGUUUCUUCACAGGCAACUGCAUCGGGAGCAGGAACAUGCGUAACUUCAUCAUGUUCUGCCUCUACACUUCCCUGGCCUGUCUCUACUCCACGGUGGCCGGCGCGGCCUACAUCUCGACCGUCCUCUCCAUCUCCUUCGCCCACCCUCUGGCCUUCCUCACGCUCCUGCCUCACUCCAUCAGCCAGUUCUUCUCAGGAGCUGUCCUGGGUUCUGAGAUGUUCGUCAUCCUUAUGCUGUACCUCUGGUUUGGGAUCGGACUGGCCUGCGCUGGCUUCUGCUGCCAUCAGCUCCUGCUGAUCCUGCGAGGGCAAACCCGCCAUCAGGUGCGGAAGGGGGUGAUAGUGCGUGCCCGCCCCUGGAGAAGGAAUCUGCAGGAAGUCUUCGGGAAGAGGUGGCUUCUGGGGCUCCUGAUUCCAGUGCUCAACGUGGGGAGUGAAUACCACCAGCAGAAAGACAAAUAGCAGCUCCAAACUGGCUCUCUCUCCUCUCUUUAUCUCCCUCUCUUUCUAGUUCACUCCUUUCUCUUUCUUUCUCUCCUCCCUUUCUCUCUCCUCUCUCUCUCUCUCGUACACACAUACACCUCCUACACACAGGCACACUCUUCUGCCUCCACUUAUAAUCUGCCUGAACACCCAGUUGUUGAGAAAGGGAAACACUCAACCUCCCAGACUGAAGUCAAGUAGAUAGGUAGAAAUAGCAAGAGCUAUCAAGAUAUCAACAUUCACGACGUAGUUGGGCGGGAACCAUUCUGAUCCAGACACUUUCCUGUACUUACGUACCCCCUCAGAAUGUCACCUGUGUCAUUAGGGAAGAGUGCAAACAGGCUUGCCAUCCCCUCUCCUCAUGCACCUCUCCUUUUGCCGUUCCCUCUCCACCUUUCCCUCAGAUGAGAAGUAGUGUGGCCUAGUGUAGAGACCCCAGUUUUGGGAGCUAGAUGACCUGGGUUCUAAUCCUGGGCUCUUCCAUUUGUCUGCUGAC